AUGACAGCACUUUACAUCUGUAGCUAUCUUUUUCCAUUCACGAAUAGAAAAGGAGCUAUCACCGGCUUAAUUAUUGGUAUUCUCGGUGCACUAAUUCUAUUCUACCUUUACUUUCGCGUUGCACCUCUUCGAUUUCAUUAUUUUCCAAAGCCAUGCAUUAAUGGGACAUCAAUUCCAUAUUCAUUAAUAUUGGCUGAUUAUAAAUUUACACAUAGAGAAUUGGAUUUUAUUCCAACAGUAUCACAAGCGAUAACUAAUAAAGUACAAGAAUUGUUACCAUUUCUUUGUGAAAUACCAAUUUCAUGGUAUCCAUUAGUUACUUUUACAAUUGCUAUAUCAUCAAUGCUACUUGUAUCAUUUUGUACAAGUAAUAACGAUAUUGAUAAAUUUGAUUGGAAACUGAUAAUAUGUGCACCACAUAUUGGAACCUUUAUACAUAAUAGUGAUAAUGCAAUCAACUAUAAUAAACGUGUCGCAUUCGUUGAAUGCGAAUCAUUUCGAUAUGCUCAACAAACACCAUAUCCGGAUACAGUAACCACUGUUACACAUAUGAUUCAUUGA